AUGAAGCUUCUAAAGUUCGUCAACUGUGAUGCCCCAAACGUGAGCCCGGAAGCUCUUCACUUCUCAAUGUCAAGACAACGUGUUUCGCUUCACAGCGGUGACACUUCCGAUAGGAGAUCUGGAAGCAGAAGUUCCGCAACUGAGGGUAAUGCAUCUAUAGGGAAAACGUGGCGCAUUGCGGAGGGAGGAACCCCAAUAACUGGAGGUUAUUGGUUGUUGGGCGAUAACAAUGAGCCAAUAGGCCCUGUUCAGGAGGUUAUACUUGCCGUCCCGGAGGUUAAGGAGGCUGAUGUUACUCCACGAGGCAUCAACGAAUCUGUUGUGAAAAAUGUAGAGUUUUUCAGUAAAUUUGGAAGGUCCAUGCAGCGAACCAGGGAAACAUUUGGCGAUACGUAUUUGUCUGCUCCCAAAAGCGUUAUUCCUCUAUCGGAUGCGGAGCGAACCUUUGCGAAACGGGCAGAGAGGGCGCGUAUGCCUCUGAAGCGAAGAGCAGAGGCGGUAGAUGCUGAAGGGGGGCCCGGCGGUGAGGUAGUGGCGGCAGCGGCAACGGCAACGGCAGCGGCAGCAAAUCCAACAGCAUGUGUGGAACCCAGCCCGCGUCCCGUUAAGAAAGAGAAGAAAAGCAAAAAGAUCACUACCCCGACUCUUACUCCGGUGCGAAGCAUUAAAAAGGAAACGUGA